AUGGCAAGAUACCACAAGUUACCAUUACAAGAUGGCGUUGAAGAUUAUGCGUUCCUCGAGGAUCUACAGGCAGGUGGUAUCGUCAACUCUACUUUGAUUAUUAGGGAGAGUCAAUCAAGACAUUUUGGCACAUACAAAUGCAACGUGUCUAACGAUUAUGGCAGCGAUAUUCUUAAAAUCACCUUAAAGCCUAACAAAACAUUUCCAUUGCUGCUGAUUUUGUUUGGGGUAACAUCAGGAACUAUUUUGGUAGCCGCAUUGAUAAUGAUGGUGAUAUUAUGCCAAAGGAAGCAAAGAAAGAACAAGCAAGUGACAGAGAAACCAGAUGUUACAGUGACUGCAGAAGAAUUAUUCAAAGAAAACGACAGGAAUUCGAACAUAAGCGAUUUGAAAUUGGAAUUGAGACAAGCUAACGGAAGCUGUGAAAUAGACUAUUCCAAUACCGGGUCAGACAGUACCCUUUGUUCUAAUGCAAAGCUCGGCAGUGGAGUGGCAUUAUCUGGGGCAGUUCAGUUGUCUACAAUGAACCAGAACAAUACCUAUCAACCUUAUAGAUACAGCAACGAUUACAAUGAUCCAGCUUAUGCGGACUGCUACAAGGUCAACGGUUUUGGCAAUGGAUAUCAAACUUAUGUCCACUAUGGCCACGAUUACACCCCUGGAUCGUUAAGAGUUCAAUCUCCUACUUUAGGUAGCGAUAAACUUACGCCUAAUAGGUCAGUUAACGGUAGUCUACCAAGAAGUGUAGACACAUCAUCUACAGUCAAAUAUAAUCCAGGGAAUGGUUCCCAAAAUAACUCCCUACAGCGUUCCGCCAAGCGACAGGACAGUAACAAUGCUUUGAAUAAUUUAGGCCUGCCAACAACUGAGGUGAAUCGAAUACCUAAUGGUGGUAUUUUACAUGGCGUUGAUGUCCGAUACGCCGCCACUUACGGCAACCCACAUUUGAGGUCUGGGGGAGGAUUAGGUUUUGCAACUGUAAAUACAGCAAAGCCUGCAUCCACUCCAGCGCCACCUCCAUACUCGUCUGUAAGGAGUUCCGUAAUAUUACCUUUAGGUACGUCAUCACAUUCGAUUACGUCACCAACUAGUCUCGCCUCACCACAAUGUACAACAAGUCCUAUCACGACAUCUACUAUGUCUACUGAUAGUACUCAACCACCGGUCGGAGUCGCUACGUCAUCGGCUACACCACAGUCACCUAGUGCACAUUAUAUACUAGCACCGUCUAGCAGGACAAUUGCAAGCGUUGCCGUCACAAAGAAAGUCUACGCAAAUACGAUCAUAUCUCUGAAUUUCGUAACCAACUUAAUUGGUUGCCUAUACGGAAGUCAAGAAUGCCUGGUGACAAAAAGAGAGCGAAGUCUUAGUAAACGGGUAACCCGUUUUACUGUAUGGGCACGGAACCCUAAAAAGAUUCCAAAACUAGCCGCCAAAGCAGUUUCUUGGAAGCAUCGUCGGCGUUUAGUUUGGAAAUCGAAGCCAAUACCGGUGUCACAGCUAAAGCAUUCUAAUGAGAUUAUAGCUCUUAUGCUGAAAUCGGAUCAAGGGAGGGUACUUAUGAAACGGGCGUUCUGUGCUGAAACUACAUCUGUCGGUAAUCUGUACCAAGCUUCUACCACUCUGUUACUAAAAAAGUGCUUAUGUGGAUUUAUAGACGACGCCCUCUUUGUCAACUUUAGAUGA